CACACACAAGAUAUGUAUUCGCUAUGGACGAGAAGGAGAAGAAAAUCAUGGGAGCCAUCUCCACCCUCAACACCCACCAAUUCUUCCAUCUGAUACACUCCCUCUCGUCGGAGUUCUGGCGUCAACAGCACCACCUCUGCUCCCUCCUCCAAUCUCCCACACGCUUCCCACUAACUCUUCACCACCUCCAAACCCUUUCUCUUCACCAAAAAACACUCCUAAUCGCUCGUUAUCUGUUAUCCAUGCUUACACACAUCACAAUUUUCUUGGAAACCAAUAAGCCAAACACAUCCACCACAGCCCUCAGAGUGAAAGACCUUGAUGCUGCCUUGCUUCUCAUGCUUCUUUGUCAAGUCCACCAACAAGAACCCCAAGCAUUACAGAGGUCUACAGCCCAGUGGCGAAGUGUUCUCAAGGACUACCAAGUGGGUACUAGUUUGUCGAUGUUGGGUGGCCUUGGAGGGUCUAGUAGUGCAGUUUUGACUCCGUUUAUCGAUAUCACGACGAGGUGCCAGACGUUUUUAGAGGCGGUGGGAUGUGGUGAUGAGAUGGAGCGGGAGGUGGCUGCGUCGGUGGCAGCAGUGGUGGCGUUGCCAUCAGUGGAGUUGAGUGGUGGGGUGGAGUGUGCUAUAUGCAAGGAAGAGAUGAGGGAGGGGAGGGAGGUGUGUGAGUUACCAUGUGAUCACUUGUUUCAUUGGAUGUGUUUACUGCCAUGGCUGAAGAAGAAGAACACUUGUCCUUGUUGCCGGUUUCAGCUUCCCACCGAUGAUGUCUUAGGUGAGAUUCAGAGGUUAUGGGGGAUUAUUGUCACCAAGAGUAUAUAAAAUUAAUGGACUCUUGUGGAUAGCAGAUCCAAUUCCAAUCAUAGAUGCCAAAGAAAACUAUUUUUAGUAUUAUUUCUUUAAGAUUUAUAUGGAGACAAACAAUGGUGAAGGUUAUCUAUACUGUAUCCCCUAAUUAAUAAAUUUGGGCCGUGAUG